CAACUUUUAUCACACCAUUCGGACGAUUUUAUUUCAACCGACUUCUGUUCAGAAUUUCGUCGGCCCCCGAACAUUUUCAAAGAUGAAUGGGACAGGUUCUUUCAGGACAGGAGGGAGUCGUCUGCCACAUGGACGAUGUGCUUAUUUGGGGUGCCACGCAGGCGCAGCAUGACGAGCGUUUUCGGGCAGUGAUGGACCACCUCCGCACAGCGGGCAUUACCUUGAACAGAGAUAAGUGCGAAUUCAGUGUCAGGCAGAUUUCAUUUUUGGGACAUACAAUCGGGAACAACGCAGUGCGUCCCGAUAAGCAAAAGAUUGAUGCGGUGACAGAAAUGCCACACCCGACGUCCAAGACAGAGUUACGGCGCGUGACGGGCAUGGCAAAUUAUCUGGCCCGCUUUGUGCCCCGCAUGGCGGAAGUCCUUCAGCCUCUUUCGUCCAUGAUGAGCUCAAGACAGGAUUUUGUGUGGGGUCCCGCGCAGGAAGUUGCCUUCAUGAAGUGGAAGACUCUCCUUUCAUCGGACCCUGCAUUGGGUAUCUAUGAUUCAAACAUGGAAACAGUGGUCACAGCAGACGCCUCAUCAUACGGUCUUGGAGCUGUCCUGUGCCAAAGGCAAAAAGACAGUCAAUUCAAAGUGAUUUCUUAUGCUUCCAGCACUCUUACAACCACCGAGCGGCGAUACGCCCAAAUUGAAAAAAAAGGACUUGCCCUCGUCUGGGCUAGUGAAAAGUCCCGCGAUUAUCUCGUAGGAAAGCGCUUUAGCCUCGAGACAGAUCACAAACCACUCGUAUCUUCGUUUGGGUCAAAAGGAAUUGGCGAACUAACACCAAGGUUACAAAGAAUGCGCAUGCGUCUGAUGCGCUACACGUAUGACAUUGUGUAUGUUCCAGGCCGGGACUUGACGGUGGCGGACGCGCUUUCUCAGUCACCUCUUCCACAAACGGAAUCCCUGGAACUGGAGGACGAGAUCCAGGGCUAUCUGCGAUUGGCGACUUCGUCAGUCCCAGUAACAGCGCCGAGUUUACAGUUUAUCGCCCAGGAGCAAGAGCAAGACCCGGUACGUCAAGCUCUUAUCAACCUGUGUACAAAAGGCUGGCCAAGCCGUCGAGACGUUGGGUUUGACCUGAAGCCUUACUGGAAUGUGAGGCAAAACAUUGCCCUUGUUGAAAACCUGCUCAUGUGCGGCUCUCGGAUAGUGAUCCCAUCGACACUACGGCAGCCCGUCCUUAAAAUAAUUCACGAGGGACACUUUGGCAUUGAGAAGUGCUCGGCACAUUCCGAGAGCUCAGUUUGGUGGCCAAGUGUCGACGCGGACAUUGAACGAUUUGUUAAGAACUGCCACAGCUGCCUCAAGCAGAGCACCAACCGAAAGAUGCCUCUGCAACAGACCAAGUUUCCAGGUAGGCCAUGGCAGCGCAUUGCGAUGGAUUUAUUCUUUCUUGAGGGAAAAUGGUGGCUGAUCGUCACGGAUUAUUUUUCACGAUACCCGGAGCUCGUAGCGCUGGAUAACCUGACUUCAUCGGCAGUAAUAAACCACUGCAAAUCCAUUUUCGCCAGACACGGGAUUCCGGAAGUAGUUGUUUCUGAUAAUGGGCCACAAUUCUCAAGAGCCUUCGGCGCUGAAUUUUCAAAGUUUGCAUCAGAGUACAACUUUCAACACGUGACAUCUAGCCCUCAUUAUCAUCAGAGCAACGGAAUGGCAGAGUCCACCGUGAAAUUAUCAAGGGCUCCUUAAAGAAAACUGCCGACGCUUAUAAAACUCUUCUGGCCUACAGAGCAAGCCCACUGAAAAACGGAUACAGCCCCGCUGAGCUGCUCAUGGGGAGACGACUGCGCACGGCCCUGCCCACGUCCAGCGAAAGCCUCCAGCCUCGAACACCAGACUUCCAAGAACUGGCAGCGUCAGCGCCAGAAGAGAGACUACGACCGACGCCAGGAAGUGUGCGAUCUGCCCAAAUAGUCCGA